AUGGUUGUAUUACCGUCUUCGUUUAGUGGGAGUCCACAAGCAUUACAGCAGAGUUUUAUUGAUGCAAUGGCAAUAUUACAAAAAUAUGGCAAACCCGAUUUAUUCAUAACUAUGACUUGUAAUCCUAAAUGGAAGGAGAUUGUUGAAAAUCUAAAGCUUGGUCAAAUUGCAACGAAUCGACCACACCUCGUUGCAAGAGUAUUUCAUCAAAAAGUUAAGCAGUUAAAAGAAGAAUUAGUUGUCAAAGCCGUAUUUGAAAAGUGUGCUGCCUAUGUUUAUGUUGUCGAAUUCCAAAAACGAGGUUUACCACAUGUUCAUAUGUUGUUUUGGCUGGAAGAAGAUAGCAAAAUCCAUGAUGCAGAUGACGUUGACGAAAUAGUUUCGGCAGAGAUACCGGAUAAGACAAGAUAUCCGUUACUACAUGACAUUGUCAAACAAUGCAUGAUUCACGGCCCUUGUAGUCAACAAAAUAUGAAUUCACCUUGCAUGGAUGUAAAAACAAAUCGAUGUACGAAACAAUUUCCAAAGGAUUAUGUGUUGGAAACAAAUUAUCAUUCAAAGGGUUAUCCCAUGUAUCGUAGACGAGAUGACGGUAACAUUAUUGUUUUCAAUGCGAAAAAAGACGGGACACGCAGAACUGCUAACAAUGGAGACGUUGUGCCAUAUCAUGCGUAUUUGUUAUUAAAAUUCAAUAGUCACAUCAACGUCGAGAUAUGUUCGACGGUGCAAUGUAUCAAAUAUUUAUUUAAAUACUGCUAUAAAGGUCAUGAUUGUGCAAUUGUCGAAAUGGAGAAUGUGCAAGGAGGUAAUAAUAUUACGUACAAUGAGGUUGACGAAUAUAUAUCGACGCGAUAUGUUUGUCCACCUGAGGCAAUGUAUCGUCUAUAUGAGUAUCCGAUAACUGAACAGUCUCACGCUAUAUGUAUUGUGACGUGCCGAGGUUACGUACCGGGUCAACAGCCAACUAUCGUCAAUUGCAACAGAUCGGAUACCGCAAAGUCAACUUCAGAUGGAUGCCUACCUAGGUUGCGUACAGGGUCGUGCGUGAAGCACAACGAAGACCUCCGAUCAUUUAGACUUAUCGGCCAGGAGCCGAACCAUCGCUACAACGCCACUGCCGCAUGGAUGCAUCGUAGACGGCGUACAGGGCUAAUCGUAGCUGUCUACAAACCUACGAUUAUCGAAGGACUGCAUCGUGAGGACAAGCCCGAGAAACAGUGGUGGACCACGCCGGACUGA